UCCUGCGCUGACGGCUAUCAGGGGCCGCUCUGUGAAAUUUGUAGUGAUGGCUACUAUAAACAGUUUCAAACGUGCAAAAAGUGUCCAACGAAGAAAUGGAUGAUCGGACAACUGUCCAUCGUGGUGGCAGUUAUCCUGGUCAUUAUUUUUUUCAUCCUAUGGUCAAAAAAAAGGAAGCAACAGGAGGAGCAAAAAGGAAGAUCCACAGUGGAUAUCAUACUUGGUAGGCUGAAAAUUGUCAUUGGCUUUUACCAAGUCACUGAUGGACUGUUACAGACAUUUUCGUAUAUCAAAUGGCCAGAUUCUCUUUCUGUAAUUGGAAAAUAUUCCGAGAUGAUACAGCUUAAUGUUUUCCAGAUUGCGCCUCUUCACUGCAUCUUUCCUGAAUUAAAGGUCAAUGCUUUUAAGAACUUGUUUGCAAUCCUUGCAAUAAAUGUCACAGCCAUCAUUCUUGCGAUUAUCAUUUAUUGUUUACGAAAGCUUCUACUCGAACGGAGUGCUUCCUCCAAAGAAGAAAAGUUAAGGAAAUCUUCUCAAACGAAAGAGCUGAUCUUGAGAAACCUGUUUUUCUUCCUGUACGUGACAUAUCUCAGUACCUGCUCCAAUACAGCUAGUGUGCUUCCUCCAACUUGCCGUAUGCUUUGUUCAGACGAAAAGAAAACCCGUUGUCAAAAGUUUCUGAAAACUGAUUACAGUAUCGACUGUGAGAGUACAAACUACAGUCGAUCAGUCAUCGUUGCCUACAUUGCAGUUGUUUACAUACUACUUCUUCCCACAGCAUCACUUAUAGCUCUCUGGAAAGCGCGAUUGACCGUUACAAGUCAGAAUGAAAUGGAAGACGAGCAUCAAAAUCCUGAUAUCAAAGUGAAAAGCAGCGAAGUCACCACAGGCUUGCGAUUCCUUUUCGAAAACUACCAUCCGCGAUCGUGGUACUGGGAGCUGGUCGACACAGUACGAAAGGUGGUCCUCACGUCAGGUAUCGUCUUAGUUGGUGGUGAAAGCAGGGCAUAUGUCGGACUGGCUUGUGUCAUGUCAGGACUCUAUGGAAUGUUUUUUGCCUAUGUUAGCCCUAUAGCGGACCCAUUCGAGAACAGACUAAUGCUGAUAUCUCUUGCUGUGACCUUUUUAAACUUGGGAAUAGGAGCUGUGAGUAAAAUUAACAGCGAGAACAUUCCAGCCUCAAUCGAUCCAUAUGUGGAUAACAUCAUGUUCAAGGUACUGGUGUUUGGAGCAAAUUCUUUGGUAAUCGGCCUUCUCGUAGGUAAGUUAAGUGUAAAUCCACUUCGGUUAUUAAUUUACCCUUCAAUAGUAUAAUAUUCAUGCCUGGGUAUUGUUACUAAUGACAUUAUAGUAAGGUAUGGGGAAUCAAUCUUACCUGGGACAAGCCCAAGAUAAACUGAAUUGAAUAUAGGUAAUCUGGAACCCGACUUACUCACUGGCGUGGGCGCGUAGCUCGCCAAUCACCCUUCGUGUCGGCAAAGUGAAGUGAAUGGGACAAAAUGUACCAGUAUUUCCUAUUAUAUAUACUCAUUUGCAUAUCAUUAAUUAAUCCUCGGGGAUGAUAUUUACAAUUCAAAUGGAACGUGGACAGGAAGGCUAAGCAACCACGACGACGAAAACAACGACGUCAAAAAACGUUGCCUACAUUUGACAGAUUGAGGUGGUCCAAAUAGACGUGAUAAAGUUUGAAAGGACGCGAAUCAAUUUUUUAGCAACGUCGUCACUGAAGUUGUCGUCGACUAGUCGUCGUUGCUUAAGCUCCCCAAUCACAUGUAGGGCGAUGUCAGCUCCUUGCUUGCUUUUGGUUUUCGGCCAAAAAAUUUAGUUCACGAUGUAAAUCGGUUAAGCUUCAAUUGCCAUUCUAACUGUAAUCGUAUUACUGUAAUGCCUUAAUUGAGGUAGCAAUAGUAUUUAUGUCCAGAUUUCAAGCAGCUGCAAAAUUUAGGAUUUUUCGCGUCCUUGCAAAAGAUUGCAAAAAUUGCACGGUUCACAAUUAAUCGCGUUCGUCGUAACCUACAGUGAGUGACCUUCAUAAAUAGUUAUAAUUAUCAAAUUUAGUAAGUCCAUAUGUAUGCAAGUACCGUUAUUAUUCACUCAGUAAGUGAUCUAUAAGACUUGAACUUAAAGCAAAAAUAUUCAUAGAGAAGAGUAAAGACAGUGCAAUAGAGGACUCCGCCUUAUAGCGGAGCUCCGGCGCGCGAAGCGCGCCAGCGGAGCACCAUGGGUAAUAAAAUUUGGUGAACCAUCCAUCCGAGAAAAUUUGGUUAUGACGUAGCGUACGCCCGUACACUCUUUGCGGGGGCGGGAAGGGAAUCAGGUGUCAGCCCGUCCGGGGGAGGAGUAUGUUAUAAAUCGCGCGAUGCAUUUGUGCAACCCACCUGUUUCUUGGCGGGAAAUCGCGUAAGAAAUGACGUGGCUGUCGUCGCGUUCAAAAACAUGUUUACUUCAACGGAACUACUUCAUUGCAUAAGGAUUUUGUGUCCGGAGAGCUCAGUUUCUAGUGAACCGUUUCGAAGAAAUUGUUAUGGCAACAAACAAUAGCGGAUUGGAUUCAAACUAUUUGCUUGUAAGUGAAAAGCGACGGGAAAGAGAAGAAGAGAAAGGCAUAGAGUAAGAAUUAACAGGCGCGCUAGCAAAGAGGGUUCAAGUGGAAAAUUUAUGCAGCAUCUGCGACUUGUUCACUGAUAGCUGAAGCUGACAGAGUUUUGAGUCAUCUUUUGAUGUUUUUACCUGUCUUUUUCACUGGAUCUACAAAAUGAAACACAGCAGCUAUCAACAUUCUUUUGUUAUUCUUGGCUGGCUUGUUUACUGGGUUGUGGUUGAGAAUGCGCAGCACGACAAAAAGAAAUCGGGAAUCAUCGUUUUCAAAAAUAAGCUACUCUUAGUAAGCUUACUUCGCCUUGCUGAACCAUGCGAAAAAUCUUAAGCGAUUCUGGCCUUACUUGAUGGGUUUCCGUGCUGCAUCUCGACCGGUAAGCUUGAGUAAUUUUAUUGCAUUUUACGUGUUUUCUUUUUUCAUGUUUACGCCGUCAUUUUACGCACAUUUGUAAGGUUUGGAACAAUUUAUCUGACCUAGUAAAGAACUUAAAAAGUCUUUAGACAUUUUCUGACCGCGACUAGAAGAAAAACUUCUGAAAAAUAGUUUAGUUGUCCUAUUGUUUGUAAAAAGAAAACUUUGAGCGACAUUCUUGCCUGGAGUUCAUCUUGCAAAAUAGCAAACACGGCGAAGGCGGCUUAAAACUUAAGGCUUAAUUUAAAUCUAUUCGUCACUCAGCUUUACUCUCAAAACACGUCUUCGGGAACAAAAAUUGUUGACCUUCAAAUGUUUCUUCGUAUUAUAUUUCUUGUCUUGAUUGUUUGUCAAGAUCUCGUUCUUACAUGAUCGCUUUGCCAGUUGUUGUUUUCAAUCGUCCGUGAACGUGUUGAUCACGCUCUACGCCCAAUUUUUGUUCUGAUUGGUCAAAAUUUGACCGGCGAUUUUAUGCGGAAAAUUUAUGCAGCAUCUUGAAACUUGUUUACUGUGACAGCUGAAGCUGACAGAGUUUUGUGUCACCUUGUGAUGUUUUUAACUGUCUUUUUCUACUGGAUGUACGAAAUGAAAUUCAGCUACUAUCAAGAGUCUUCUGUUAUUCAUGGCUAGUUUGUCUAUUGGGUUUUUUGGUUGAGAAAUACGUCGCCUGUGAAAGUCGGAAAUCCGAUUUCGGAUGGCAUCAAUUCGUUUUCGUUUUUCACCUUGCUUGAUUGAAAAGUCUGAAGCGAUGUAGCUUCCAGGAGCUGCCUGAGUAAUUAUUGUAUUUGUGUUUGUUUUUUCAUAUAUCUUAUUUCAUGAAGCCGAGCGCAGUUUAUGAGGCUAUAGUUUAUGCAUGUUUGAAUUAAGAUUUGAGAUAAUGACCUGACCUAUAGUAUGAGGUUUGAUUUAAGCUUGCAGAACUUUAAAAAGUCUUUAGUCGAUAUUUUUUCACCGCAAAUAGAACGAAAAAAACGUUGCGUUUUUAUUUUGGCUGUAGAAAGAAAGCUUUGAGCCAUUUUUUUAGCCUCCAGUAAAAAAAACAUAAACUUAGGCUUUAAGCAUAAAGACUCAGGAUUCUUAGAGACACUUUAAUACUUAAUUGUCUUCGUGAAUGAAAAUUGUUGUCUCUGUAAAUGUUUCACCGAAUUAUAUUUCUUUUAUUGAUUGUUAGUAGUGUCUCUUGCAAUUUGCCGUUAAUGUUUUCAGUCGUCGCUUGCAGGAGUACUCAAAACGUUGCACGUAUUAAACGCUUGUUAAGUUUACACAUCGUUAUAAAACCACUAAAUAAAAAAAACCACAAUAAAUUCUUUAUUAUGUUGAAGUGUAACUCUAUUAAUGUUCAUUCAAACACUCCACAGUUUGCAACUGGCUGGCCGUUAUAUAGGUGAUUUUGGAAAUUUUUGGCGGUUUCGCUAAAAACCCACGCGUGCUUCGAUAGUCCUGAAUAUUGAGUGAGUGCAAUUUAUAUUUCAAAACUGUGAAAUACUGCAUUCUGUCUGAGGUCUGUAUGAUAAAAACAGCGCCUCGUAGUAGUGUUUCACCUCAGACUGUCAGAUGUGAUGUAUAAAAAGUAUAAAAGGUUGGUUUACACGCCCCCAGAUUUGUUAGCAAGAUUUUGUAAAGCAAACUUGUCAAACGGAAAAAAUUUUGCCGGAUUUGCUUUCCAAGUAUUUGUUUUCCAGGCCUAAUCUACUGUGAUCAAGAGCCAUUAUGGACGUUAAAUGUGAUCGAAGAUGAUUGCUAUUUUUUGGGUGUACAUAUAAAGGCCGUCAACUCGAUGUAAGGUUUGGUGCACGCUUGGACUGUUAGCAAAUUAUUUUUCUCUCAAAUCACUUAGCCUUAAUCCCUCAAAACAAAAGUCACAUGAUUGUGCUCUAAAGUGAACUGAUUUGUGGAAUACAAGUUUAUUGUUUGAUUGAAAUUACAAAUUUAUUAUUGGGAGCGUCGCUUUUAGCCCUGGCUAAAUCUAUAUAUUAAAACGCAAGUCAACGCGUAUAUGUUUUAAAAAGAGAGGUGACUUCAGUAAGUCCUAUAGUGAAUAUUUGUAACUAUGACUAUUGUUUCUUUGCAGUUCAGUAUAUUGUAUACAUCUAUCGCUUUAUAAAAGAAUGGCUCAAGAGUCCCAAAUGGUCUUUCUCUUGCUGUCUGGCCUUGCUGCUACCUUUGAGUGACUUGCAAGGAGAAGUACGUGGAUUUGCUGGAACGAAUGUUUUUAAAAACCAACUACCAACAGGAAAAAUGAAUAUGCCGUCAAUUUUAUCCUCUUUCCAAGAUACUGGUGCUAUUAACUUUAGUUUGGAAGAAGAUCAACCCAAUCUGGCAGGUGGAAGGAAUUCUGAUCAUGAGGAGACACCUGGAAACAAGAGCGACAAACAAACCCAGACUCGAGAAAGCGGGAAAGAAUUCAUCUUUACCAAAAUUUCAGUCCAUGAAGUUCCAAAAAUGACAUACGAUACGUCUUUUUAA